CUUCCCCUCCGAGGAGAGGCCGAACCGGAAGAGGGCGGAGCUAGUGUAAAGAGGGGGGAAUGCCUUCAAAGAUUGUCCCCAAUCAACCGUUGGGAAGAAUGGCCAGGACGACCUGAGAGGAUCCCCAAAGCAAAACACUAGCGGCGGCCCGGAAUAAACCGGCCUCGGCUCUGCAGAAGCGCCCCAGCCUCUCAACCUCUCCUUCUCCGCUUUCAACCCGCCUGUAUCUCUGCAAAACCACGCGAGAGUUCCCGAGCCGCCGAGCAAAAGCUUGAGAGCAGGAUAGGAGGGCGGGGCGAGAGGAGGGCCUGCCCCCGCCCCGCCCCUUCUGCCAAUCAGCGGCGAGCCGCUAGCCGGGGGAGGCGGGGGGAGGCAAGAGAACUACGGUCGUCCGCGGAAGUCUCGCGAGGCUUGUCGCUCCGCGGCUGCCGGUCGCGGAGGCUCUGGACCGGCCCGGAAUGGGGCCGAGGCGCGCGGGCUGCCCGUGCGAGCCGCCGCUGUCUGUGCAGCGCCGUGCGUCUUCUCGCUGAGCAGGCGCAGCGAGGGCACGGAGACUGCCCCUGGACGCCGGGAUCUCGCGGGUCCUUGUCGCCGCUGACGGCUGAGAGGAGCUGAAGCCGAGGGAGUGGAAUAACACGCGUGGGCGAGUCCCCGAGCCCGGCUCCCUCUCUCCGUGCUCCCGCUGAGCUCCUGUCGGGAACCGAGAUCAGGCUGCCGUGAAGCUCAUAGAGAUCCAUCUGCCUCUGCUUCUGGAGUGCUGAGAUUAAAGAAAUGAGCUGCACAAUUGAGAAGGCACUUGCUGAUGCCAAAGCCCUUGUCGAAAGGUUGCGAGACCAUGACGAUGCAGCAGAGUCUCUCAUCGAGCAGACCACGGCCCUCAGCAAGCGAGUGGAAGCGAUGAAGCAGUAUCAGGAAGAAAUCCAAGAACUUAAUGAAGUUGCAAGACAUCGGCCAAGGUCCACACUAGUUAUGGGAAUCCAGCAAGAAAACAGACAGAUCAGAGAAUUGCAGCAAGAGAACAAAGAACUUCGAACGUCCUUGGAAGAACACCAGUCAGCCUUGGAACUGAUAAUGAGCAAGUAUCGAGAGCAAAUGUUCCGGUUGCUGAUGGCUAGCAAGAGAGAUGACCCGGGUAUAAUAAUGAAGUUAAAAGAGCAACACUCAAAGAUUGACAUGGUACAUCGUAACAGCUGCGAAGGAUUCUUCCUUGAUGCAUCUCGGCACAUCCUUGAAGCACCUCAGCAUGGACUGGAGAGGCGGCACUUGGAAGCAAAUCAGAAUGAGUUGCAAGCACAUGUGGACCAGAUCACCGAGAUGGCAGCAGUGAUGAGAAAGGCCAUUGAAAUUGAUGAACAGCAGGGUUGCAAGGAACAGGAGCGAAUAUUUCAACUUGAACAAGAAAACAAAGGCUUGCGAGAGAUCCUUCAGAUAACUCGAGAGUCCUUUCUGAACCUGCGAAAGGAUGAUGCAUCAGAGAGUACAUCUUUAUCUGCGUUAGUGACUAACAGUGACCUGAGUCUGAGGAAGAGCUGAGUGGCUUUCUGCGUGGUCACUAGGAUGGGCCCAGAAGUGAGUGGAUGAGUGAACAUAACCCCAACUUCAAUCAGCCUUUUUUCCUCUAUAGUAUGUCCAAGUACACUGGCAAAGAGACAGAACAGAAGAAUGUAUAAUCAGUGGUCAUAAACUAAUCAGAUUGCAAAAUAUAAAAGAAAGUAGAAGCUGAGCCACGGAGUGAACAGUGAAUCUUCACGGUGCUGCUGAGCACUGCAGUUUCAGAAGUGCUGUUGGCUUCCUGGAUGAUACAUGGGCCACCCUGAAUACUCCUAAUAAAUGUUUGGAAAUCCUAAAUUAUCCCAGCUUUACAUUGUAAGUUUUGCUGUGGUUUUCUGAAUGGGAGACUUUGUUCUAAGUCUGUCCUUCCUGUUGAGUCAGAACAGCUUAUGGACCACGAGGCUUCUGCCUUCGUGGUUAUCUGUCAACCUUCUCAUUGUUCAGUCUCUGUCAAAGGCUCUAGGAAUGUGUUGCUCACCCCAUACACUGAAGGCAUACACUUACACUAUACCUAGUUCCCAUAACUUUUAGCUAGCAGUUAGCCAUGACUUGCUUGAGUGUAUGCAGUACCAUCUCAGGAAGGAAAGAGAAGAAAUAUUACUUUCUAAGAAAGACAGCCGUAUAUAGACACAUUUAGUAGGUUAAACUACUCUGAAAGAAUGUUUUGGUUCUUGGUUAACAAUGAAACUGGUUUUCCUCCUCUGUAGUUGAUGUUUAAGGAUAUGAGACAGCUCACUAGUGGACAGUUAACAUAUUUAAUAUAACAAGAUGGGUAUGGUCGUCUCCAAGUAAAUUUGGAAUUCCUUUGUUUUUAUUUAACGAAUUACCCUUCAAAUACUUAAAAAGUAGAUGCAAGUUCCAAAAACAAAGUUCUGGGUCUGAGUCUAAGCUCCAUUUUGUUCUUAGAACCUGUGAGGUUUUCCCUACAACCUGUGACUCAGAAAAUGGGAACAAAGUGCAGACCCAUGGACAUUUUCCUUUGCACUUAAAAGAUAUAUUUACAACAUGUAAAGCUUUUGAAGACUACAAGAUACAGAAGUGUGCUUUAACACCAAUUGAAACCUAAAUUGUUCUUAUUGUAUAGAGAUCAGAAUAAAAGGAUAAAAGAUUGUGAAGUGUGGUUAAAAAUAUAUUUAUACUUGUGUGUCAAGUACAUAUUAAAAUUAGCACAAAUAGAAAGUUCUACUUUAAAGUAUAUCACUUAAGUAAAUAUUACUUUGCAUUAAAAUUUUACAUGUAAUCUCAUAUAUUGGCAAAAUUCAAAGGACUUUUCACUUGAGAAAUUUUCAGUCUUGUUUGAGGUUGAGUGGGGUCACAGGGCUGUUAGGGAAGGGCCAGUGCUCCAAACAGUUGAACAGUUCUCAUGCAGAGGCCUUAAUAAUUUAUACGUAAGUGAAUUUAUUUUUAAGAUUUUUCUAUUGGUUUUUGGAGAGUACCCCUUAAUUUAAUGGUACAUUCGUCCACGUAGUUUUAUCCCAGGCCAGAAUUUUAAAAAGAAGAAAGCCUGCACAGUUGAGAUGGGUUGGAGGCAAUGCGUUGAGCAGCUCUAUUGUAAAAUGUUACUUGAGAAGUAAUUAUUUUUAUAAAAAAAUUAUUUAUCCUUUGUCUUCUUGAAUAUAAUUUUAUGGUUGUGAGUACUGAAAGACAUUUGCUUUGUUUCUAGCAAGUUUUCCACUGUCCCCUCUCCCACCAAAAAAACCCAACUUUAAGCUUACAUCUGAGAGUGUGUGCUGAAGAGGAGCCUAUUUUAUCAAUAAAGAUGAGUGUUUAAAACUG